AUGCGCUGGACAAGCGAAGUGAAGGCGGAGUGCUGCGGCGUGCGCGCGGCCGAGAGCGGAUCUCUGUUGUCCGGCGAUGAGGGCGCGCCGGUGGAAGUUUUGGAUGAGGACGCGACCUCGCUGCAGGCGAUGGCGUCUGCGCCUCUGCUAGGCAGAGCGGUGUGUGCGAGCUGCAACGAGGACAUUGUGGAUAAAUAUUUAUUGAAGGUGAACGACUUGUGCUGGCACGUGCGCUGCCUCUCCUGCAGCGUGUGCCAAACCUCGCUCGGCAGCCACACGAGCUGCUACAUCAAAGAGAAAGCGGUCUUCUGUAAACUGGAUUACUUUAGAAGAUACGGCACCUGGUGCGCGUGCUGCGGCCGGACCAUCCACUCCACAGACUGGGUGCGCCGGGCGAAGGGCAGCGUGUUCCACCUGGCCUGCUUCGCCUGCUUCUCGUGCAAGAGGCAGCUGUCCACCGGGGAGGAGUUCGCUCUGGUGGAGGAGAAGGUGCUGUGCAGGGUCCACUACGACUGCAUGCUGGACAACCUCAAGCGGGCCGUGGAGAAGGGAACCAAUGUUAACAUGGAGGGGGCUGUGCCCACCGAACAGGAGAUUAACCAGCCAAAACCCUCCAAGAGAGCACGGACCAGCUUCACUGCCGACCAGCUGCAGGUGAUGCAGGGCCAGUUUGCCCAGGACAACAAUCCAGAUGCCCAAACGCUGCAGAAGCUGGCGGAGCAGACGGGCCUCAGUCGAAGAGUCAUACAGGUCUGGUUCCAAAACUGCAGAGCACGCCACAAGAAGCACGUGAGCCCCAACCACACCUCCAGCACCCCCAUGACCUCGCUGCAGUCCAGCCGGCUCUCGCAGCCCAGCCUGACCCCCGAAGAGCUGCAGUACACAGCGUACGGAGGCCCGGAGGGAUCAAUGCUCUCUGCACUACACUCCUUCAUAGACAUACACUCCCCUCCAUCCAUGUUUCAACCGUUGCUGCCGGCCCACGCCAUGACCUCCCUGCCCGUGUCUCACGCCUGA